AAUCAAUGUUGCGCAAGCUAUCUGUCACUCCCCUUUCUCAGCUAUUUAAAUAUGUUGUGUUAUAACAUGAAGUCUACCAGCACGUCGGGCAGGUAGUCCGACUUGCUGACAGAGCUCGUCACGCCCAUAAACGCGCACCAUGCCUGCCGAAAAAGUUCCUGACACCCCGGUAGAAGUCCUCGUGGAUCUCCUAACAAAAGCCAAGGAGAUAGCCACAGGAAGUGGUAAUGUGCCAGAAGAGUUGACAAGUCACGUGCAGAAGGCUCUGGACAUAGCCAGCGGUCUGGAUGACUACUUGGAGCAAAUGACCACACAGGAAAGUAAACCUCUGGCAGAGCUUUAUAAAAAAACAAUUUCCCAUGACUGGGAUCAAGUACACAAGGAGGGCAAAACCAUGUUCCGGCUUCCCAAGGAGUGCAUCACUGGGCAUGUUGAAGGCCAGACCCUGAAGAUGCUGAUACACAUGAGUCAAGCUAAGAGGGUCCUAGAGAUUGGGAUGUUCACCGGCUACGGUGCACUGGCCAUGGCUGAAGGGCUUCCUGAGGAUGGCUGCUUAAUUGCCUGCGAGUUAGAGCCAUACCUCAAAGACUUUGCACAGCCUGUUUUUGACAAGUCUCCACAUGGCAAGAAAAUUACUGUCAAGACCGGAUCUGCCAUGGACACCCUGAAGGAAUUGGCAGCUGCAGGUGAGCAGUUUGACAUGGUCUUCAUUGAUGCUGACAAGAAUAAUUACAUCAACUACUACAACUUUAUUCUGGACAACAAUCUGCUGAGAUUGCGAGGGGUCAUGUGUGUAGACAACUCGUUGUUCAAAGCUAAGGUUUAUCUCAAAGACACCAGUGAUAAGAUCGGAAUGGCACUUCGAGAAUUCAACCAGUUCGUCUGUAAUGAUCCACGUGUGGAGCAGGUCAUUAUCCCUCUUAGAGAUGGCAUCAGUGUUAUCCGACGAGUAUCUGUGGCCUCAGAGUGCUCAGUGACACAGAGUGAAAUAAAAGAUGACACAGUUUUCCGGGGGGUCAAUGGGGUCCCCAUCCUCGAUCGGAUGCGUCUUGAUGGAAAGGUGGCCUAUGUGACGGGUGCUGGGCAGGGCAUAGGUCGAGCAUUUGCUCAUGCCCUGGGAGAGGCUGGUGCAAAAGUGGCCGUGGUAGACCUGAGCCAAGAUAAAGCUGAGGCAGUGGCUAAAGAGCUCUUUCUUAAAGGUAUCAAUUCCAUUGCGAUCACGGCUGACAUUAGCAAAGCUGAUGAUGUCCAGAGGAUGAUUGACAACAUUGUCUCCAAAUGGGGGACGAUUCACAUUGCCUGUAACAAUGCUGGCAUCAACAUGAACUCAGACAGUGAAGACACCAGUCUAGCAGAGUGGGACCAAACCUUUAACGUCAACCUGAGGGGGACUUUCAUGUGCUGUCAGGCGGCAGGCCGAGUGAUGUUGAAGCAAGGAUACGGCAAGAUUAUCAACACAGCCUCCAUGGCCAGUCUAAUAGUACCCCAUCCCCAGAAGCAGCUUUCCUACAACACGUCCAAAGCUGGAGUGGUCAAACUGACUCAGACUCUGGGCACUGAAUGGAUUGACAGAGGAGUGCGUGUCAACUGCAUCUCACCGGGGAUUGUUGACACCCCUCUCAUCCACUCGGAGAGUCUGAGGCCUCUGGUGCAGCGCUGGCUGUCAGAUAUCCCUGCUGGUAGACUGGCUCAAGUGACAGACCUGCAAGCUGCAGUGGUCUACUUGGCAUCUGACGCCUCCGACUACAUGACAGGGCAUAACUUAGUCAUAGAGGGUGGGCAAAGUCUGUGGUAGAGGGAGGUAGAUGAAGAGAUGAAAACUUUUUUUUCUCUCUUCACACUUGUGGGAUUCCUCUCUGAAACAGGUGCUAUUCACAUUAUCUCCUUUUGACACAUUCACAGCGGUAAUAGUUUUAAAUCUUACUGGAUGUUUAACUUUUGGUCGGUUAACAUCUGUUAUUAUGGUGUGAUGAGAUAACUGGUUGCUUUUUGCCUUCAGUGUGUCGUGUUUACGUUGUGUUAUAACUGUGGUACACUGUAAGUUUUUAGUGUAUGGAAAAACACGCUAUCAUGUUUAAAUACUAAAAAGAGGUAUAACAGCUGCCAGUGUUCUUGUCACACAAUGGAAAGUAGCUAACACAUCUAAAAAAUAACUGAAGUCCAAAAAAAGUAAAGGAAAAGUGUUACUACUGCAUGCCUUCCAACACAUCCUUUGUUUUGCUACAAUUUCUGCUCUAUGUUGUCUUUGCAUUAUUUUAUACACCAAAUGCAAGACAUGUCAGUGUCAUCCUAAAUGCCACUGAAAGAAAUGGAUCUUUUUUAUUGUGUCAAUUGCAAAAACAAACCACAAACUUGAAAAGUGUACUUUUUAGUUGAAGUUUAUUUUUAUAGCUAUUUCAUUUAGGUGCUUUGCAGGAUAAUAAAAUGAAUGGCUGUUUUGUGUUGUGAUGAACAAAUGGGCAGCUUCUUUGCAUGAGUACAUGAGAAGUGCAUGAGUGACCUGAUGUGCGAUUUCAACAACAAAAUAAACUGUCACAUCUAA